UCUCUGCUCGGGGCGAUCCCCCCCGGUUCCCCGCCGGGAGCGCUCCCACGGCCGCCCCGCAGCGCCCGGGCAGUGCCGGCGCCGUGCCCGGCCCGCCGUGCCUGGUGCAUGCCGGGGAGGAGCGAACUGAACCGCCCCCGCGCCGGCGCUGCCCGGCGUCCCCUUCGCCCGCAGCCUUGACCCCGCCUGCCCAGCCAUGGCAGCCUCGCUGAGCCGCCCCUGCUUCAUCUCCCUCCACCUGCCCUACAGGCAGGGCUGGGGCCAGCACCUGGCCAACACCUUUCGCUUCCAGCCAGUGGCCGUGCGGGAGACGCCGCUUGUCCGGCAGGUGGCCUUGCAACGAGAAUCUGCCAUCUUCCUCGUCAACGAGCGCCUGGCACCUGCCAGCACCUCAUCCCGUGAUUUUCUCUAUGACAUAGAUCCCCAGCCCACCUUGGGCACGGCCUCCAAUGUCUGCUUCGAGGUGGAUGACGUGCCGGGGCUCUGCAGGCGGCUGCAGAGCCAGGGAUGCUCCUUGCUGGUGCCCCCCACUGAGCUGAGUGAUGACGCUGGUUCUGUCACCUACGGGGUGGUGAGCUCUGUCGUGGGCAACGUCAGCCACACCCUUUUGGACCGAUCCUGUUACCGGGGGCUCUUCCUGCCUGGCUUCCAGCCCAUCCAAGGAGCCCCCUCAGCCACAGGGGAUGGGAUCAAGAUCACUCACUUUGACCACAUCACAUAUGUCUGCCCCCGGGGUGGGGCCCGGGCGGCUCUGGACUGGUACCAGCGCUGCUUUGGCUUCCACCGCUUCCUGCUGAACCCCCAGGAAAGGCCGGCUGAGGGGUAUGUGCUGGGGGGGCAGGGGGUGGGCAUGCUGCUCCUCGCACUGCAGGGCGCCCAGGGCACCCCAGCACACGGGUGCAAGCUGGUCUUUGCUGAGUCUCUCUCCCAGAAUGGCACCAACCAGGUCGACACGUUUCUGGAGCAGCACGGCGGGGCUGGGAUCCAGCACGUCGGCCUCUGCACCACUGACAUUGUCAGCACAACCAGGGCUCUGCAGCAGCGGGGGGCACGGUUCUUCACACCCCCCACCACCUAUUACAGCCAGGGGGGCAAAGCGGAGGAGAUCCGAGGAGCUGGGCAGGACCCCCACGUGCUGGCAGAGCUUGGCAUCCUCCUGGACACCACAGUGCCUGUGGCCAACAAGGGUCAGCCGGGCACUGAUGCCACAGAGAGCCCCUCUCGGGAAUAUUUGAUGCAGAUCUUCACCCAUCCCAUCUUCUCCGAGGAGACCUUCUUCCUGGAGCUCAUUGACCGUCGGGGAGCGCCCGGCUUCGGGGAAGGCAAUAUCCGAGCACUGUGGAAAGCUGUGCAGGUCUACAUGGACCAGCAGCAGUAGUGCAAUGCUGCAGUCCUCCUCCCUCAGCUCCCCAACUUCUCCAGUCCAACCCUGGAGCAAGGACCAUAAGAUCCCAUCCCUGGCAUGGCCCAGGUGGGCAGGGACCAAGGGACGGCUCCACAUCAAUCCAGAGCCAACUCAGCGUGGGAGCAAGAUGCUCAGGGCCAAGUCCAGCAGGGGUGUGAGCAUGGCCCAGGAUGGGUGCAUUUCUCCCCUGCCCUGGGUUCCCAGGGAUUUAUCGACCACACGUAAAGAACUUUCUGCCUUA